AUGUCCGAGGGUCAAGACGUGCAGACGCUCAAGAUGCCAGUCGCGAGGAAACACGACGAUCACGACCGACGGCGGUCGUCCACGCUACGUCUCGAGCCUCUUCAGUCGGAGAACGCGCGAAAAGCGACCACGUCUUUUGUGCGUGCGCGUACGUCCGGCGUGAACCGCCUCCUUCGUUCCAGUACUACCAGUGGGGGCGGUGUGUCUGGAAACAUCCGCAGCAGCAGUUCCAGCCAGAGCCACAGCAGUAGCAGCAAGAGCAAAAGUGGUCUGAACACCAAGUCAAUUGACCACGAAACUGAGUCGGGUGAAGUCCAGGCUGAAGUAGCAGAAACAGCGACGACAGAAGUGGCUCUGGAGUUGUCGGAAGCGGUACAUGUGCGGUCUUCGACCACGCUUUCGCCGUGUGCAAGUGGUGGCGUCGACGUCGACGACGUUCCUUCGCUUUUUGCAGAGCAAAUUUGGACUCACGUGGUGUUAAAAAUGACGGCGUUCUCGGAAGAAGAUGCAGUGACGAGUUUUGUGUUUGAUACUGCUGGAGGAGGCAUUGGUAGCAGUGCUGAUAAUGUCGCGAGCAUUCCUGCGGAUAAGUUGCUCGGUGCAAAAGAUCAUGCUCGCAUUUUGUACACUAGUGGACGGUUUUAUUUGGCCAAUGGAGACCACGUGGGUGACACGUUUGUUCGACUGAGUCCGUGUGAAACAGGAGGUGACACAGAUGCAGCAGAUAGGAUGCAGUGGCCAUUGGACCCUCAUGUGUCGUUUCGUGUGGGCAAGUCGGACUUUGUGGUCACAGCUUUUCACGAGCCCUCGCAGACGUUGGAAGUGUCGGCAUUGAGUGGUAAGUUGGCGGGGACGCAGUUUACGAUUGGACCUGAAGGCGCGGGUAUUGGAAGGUCGGCGGAGAACAAGAUCCACACGGGAGACGGUGAACUCUCGCGCAAACACGCUGCGAUUUGGUUUGAUGAGUUGACGAAUCAGUUUUAUCUGAUCGACUUGAACUCGACGAAUGGUACAUUUAUGAAGCUCGUGGGAAGCUAUCAGGAACCGUACCGUCUUGAAAUUGGUGAUGAUUUGCUGGUUGCGCAGACAUGCUUUACUGUGAAUAGAUUUGACUUUGGUGCUCAUGCAGAUAUGGGUGCACGUAAGCACAUGGAAGACGCGCAUACGAUUAUUCAGGACUUGUGCAUUGAGUCACUAAGUCGCUUGGGAUUGCAUCCGCAGUCUUACUUUGCUGUUUACGAUGGACAUGGUGGCGGAGAGGCUUCGUCAUAUUUGGGUGAAGUGCUGCACCACAACAUUAUUAAAACGUUCUUUAUGAAAAAAGCAGAGCUCAAGCCACUGAUCAAUACGUCGUCGGAGGAACUGCAGUCCAUGAUCACAAAGCGACUUACAGAUGCUUUUGAAAAAACGGAUGAGGAAUUUUUGAAUGAAUCGGAACGUCCUCAGGCUGGUAGCACAGCGACAACGGUGCUCAUUGCAGGCAAGUACAUGUUUGUAUCAAAUGUCGGUGAUUCCCGGACGAUUUUGAGCCGUGCAGGUAAGGCUGAACGUCUUUCGAACGAUCACAAACCGAGUCGGCCGGACGAAGCACAGCGUAUCCGUGAUACUGGUGGUUUUGUAAUUCACGGUCGUAUCAUGGGCGAGCUUGCCGUUUCUCGUGCUUUCGGAGAUGCACCGUUCAAGACGUUUGAUUUACCCGAGCCGCCAGCAGAAGACGUGGACUCCAAGCCACGUAGCGAUUACGACUCACAGGAAUUGCCUAUUAAUCCGAACGACAUUCUGAAAGGGCCGCUAGUCAUUCCCACGCCCGAGGUUACAGUGACCGAGCUUACGGAUGAUUGUGACUUUCUCAUGUUAGCAAGCGACGGUCUGUACGACGUCAUGAAAGACCAGGAAGCUGUCGACUUUUUGCGUCAGAAGAUCGAGCAGCUUGGCGAUGUCCAGCGCGCGGCAGAGGCAAUCGUGGAGCAUGCAAUUUAUCAUCAGCGCUCAACAGAUAACGUGACAUGUGUAGUGGUGAUGUUCAAAGAGUCUAAAAGCUUCAAGAGCUAG